AUGGCGCUGAUGGUGCGGAUGACCGAGCUGGCGGUGGAGCUGGCGACGCAGGCGACGGCCAAGCAGCGGCAGGCGUCUAAGCCCGGCAAGAAGGGCGGCGCCGGCAUGGCGGCGAUCCUCAAGGAGGAGGUGCAGAGGCUGCAGGAGAAUGAAACGGCGCUCGAGGAGAUGGUGACGGCGGCCUUCCCGGGCAUGUUCACGGGGCUGUUCGUGGACCGCGACAGCGCGGAGGAGGUGCGCACGAGCUGCCUCUCCGCGCUGGGCCGCGUCAUGCAGCUCCACCCGUCCAUGUUCCUCGCCGACACCUACCUCAAGUACCUCGGCUGGUCGCUGAGCGACAUGGCGGCCGCCGUGCGCGCGGCGUCCCUCUCGCAGCUCAGCGCGGUGUACACGGCUCACGGGGCGGCGGAGGAGAUCUGCAGGGUCGACGGCAAGCCCGUGAGCGGCGCCAAGCGGCUGCUCAACUUCACGCGCCGCUUCGAGUCGCGCUUCAUCGAGAUGACGCGUGACGUGGACGCCAAGGCGCAGGCCGUGAGCGAGGCGGGGCGUGUGAUGCGCAACAACGAGCCGUCGCAGCUCGAGGCGCUCGUGCCGCUGGAGGAGGAACGGGAGGCCGCCCAGGCCAACGAGCCGCCACCCCUCGACGAGGCUAACAAGGCCGGCAAGCAGGCUGGGGUCGAUACAGACCGAGUCAAGCACUUGGCCGACACCCUUGGCCCAGAUCCGGCCGGGGAGGGGGCCGAGGAGAGGUAA